AUUAGCUUAAAUGGACGUUUUGAAUUAGCUUGAGAGAUUGUUGUCCCUCAAAGAAAGGCUACAUGAGAUAAAAUUAAAUUAGAUAUACUCUAUUUUAUAAGUGAGCAACAAUGUCUUCAGGUGAGUAUUUGAGAGAGUUUAUAAACGAGAGACUGACGACUGCUGCUCAAGAAAUAUUUGGAGCUUUUCAAAGAACCAUCGUCGAAUACGAAGAAGAGAUCGACCGUCAGCGCAGACUGUUGGAUGUCCUUUGGAAACCUGAUAUAAAGCUAAACAGCACAGAGCUUCCACAGCAACAUGUCUGUAAGGAGGAGGAAGUUCUCGCUGACCAGCAGCUCUGUAUUCAGGGGUGGAAUUCCAGUGUUGACCAAGAGGACCCAGAGCCUCCACAGAUUAAAGAGGAGCAGGAGGAACUCUGCACCAGUCAGGAGGGAGAGCUGCUUGUAGUGAAGCAGGAGACUGACGCCUUUAUGUUGACUCCUGCUUAUGAUGAAAGUGACCACGGUGAUGAUCACGAAAGCAUCAGCCACACUAACGAUGUGUCUAACCCUGCUUCGACAACGAUUUACUGUGACAUUCACACAGAGAAAGAGUCUGUCAAAUGUGACAUGUGUGAGAAGGCUUUUAAGUACAAGUCAGAUCUGAAGAGACACCUGAAAAUUCACACAGGUGAGAAGCCGUAUUCUUGCAACACCUGUGGGAAAACAUUCAGUCAGAUGUCAGUACUGAAGGCUCAUAUAAUAAUCCACACAGGGGAGAAACCGUAUUCAUGCAACACCUGUGGGAAAAGAUUCUGUCGGGCAUCAGAUCUGAAAGCUCAUAUACGAAUCCAUUCGGGUGAGAAGCCGUACUCUUGCAACACCUGUGGGAAGCAUUUCAGAUCAAGCAGUCAAUUGACAGGCCACAUGAAAACCCACACGGGUGAGAAGCCGUAUUCUUGCAGCACCUGUGGGAAGAGAUUCCCUCAACCAUCAUUACUGAAGGCUCAUGUAAGAAUCCACACAGGUGAGCGGCCGUAUUUGUGCAAAACAUGUGGGAAAGAUUUCAGAGUCAGCAGUGCCUUAAAAUUCCACAUGAGAACUCACACAGGAGAGAAGCCGUAUACAUGCAAAAUAUGUGGGAGAGCCUUCAGAGUCAGCGCUCACCUGAUAGGCCACAUGAAAAUCCACACAGGUGAGAAGCCAUAUUCUUGCAACACCUGUGGGAAAGACUUCAGGCGUAGCAAUGAAUUGACACUUCACAUAAAAAGAAACCAUUAACCUCAUUUUUUUCUUAUUAUUACUGCAGUGCUCAUAUUCCUACAAUCAGUAUUUCUUUGAAACAAUAUUAAUCUCCCAAAUCUUUGAAAAGACUUUGUAUAUAAUACUGAAUUCAACCUGAAGUCUGAAGCUGUGAGCAAAUUCUGUUCAUCAAGCUGCAGAUGGGUGUGACUGUCUGACAUCGGUUGCCACAUUGGAUAUCCACUACACAUUCACUUAGGAUCCAGAGAUGUCAGUUACACGCCAUGUAGGCAGCAGGAGGACGGUUAGCACAUCUCCAAGUGCUAAACAGGUGGGGUGUGACUGAGGGACCAUAAAUAUGUUACUGUUGAAAACUGUUUUUCUCAAUGCCUUCAUGCUGACUUCCCCAUAUUAGUGAAAACUGAUUAAAAACAUUUGCACACUU